UGGAAAUACAACAACUGUAUUGACAUUUCAGCAUUACAUAAAUUGUCAAAACCUGCAAAUUGUUAAAUUAAUAUUAAGCAGUUUGUAGAAUGGCGGCCCUAAUCAGGAACCUGGGUGCCCGGGCCGCAGUGGCCGCUCUAACGGUCAAACAUGUGGUGCCCGCUGGAGCAACAGCAGCCCUGCGUAUGGCUAGCACGGCUCCCGUGGAUCCCAAGAAGGCGGAUAAACCCACCGUCCGCCAGCCGGACGCAGUUGCUCGCUCGCACCUCUCCGAUUUCGGGCGUUAUGUGGCCGAGUGCCUUCCCAAGUACGUACAGAAGGUACAGCUCACCGCCGGUGACGAGCUGGAGGUGCUUAUCGCGCCGGAGGGCGUGGUUCCCGUACUCCAGUUCCUCAAGGAUCACCAUCAGGCUCAGUUCACCAACUUGGUCGACAUUGCAGGCGUAGACGUGCCCUGCCGCAAAAACCGCUUCGAGGUGGUCUACAAUCUGUUGUCGCUGCGCUACAACUCCCGCAUCCGCGUGAAAACCUACACCGACGAACUCACGCCUUUGGAUUCCGCUUGCGAGGUGCACAAGGCGGCCAACUGGUACGAACGUGAGAUAUGGGACAUGUACGGAGUUUUCUUCGCCAACCACCCCGACUUGCGCCGCAUUCUCACCGACUACGGAUUCGAGGGACAUCCCCAGCGCCGCGACUUUCCACUUUCCGGCUACGUGGAGCUCCGCUACGACGACGAGAAGAAGCGCGUUGUCUGUGAGCCUCUGGAGUUGGCCCAGGAGUUCCGCAAGUUUGACUUAUCGGCUCCCUGGGAGCAGUUCCCCAACUUCCGCAACGCAAAUCCCCCCGCAGAGGUCGUUCCCCCUCAGGCGCCAGCCAAAAAGUAAUCCGGAGUCGGUUUGUUAAAUGGUAAUUAGAUCAAUAAAGCGAGGUCAUUAUGAGAUAUGUAUGACAAAACGGAAA